CAUAAAGAAGAAGACGGAGAAUGCACUAGUUGAACAGUUGAGAUACAAAUUUCAUCUUUGAAUUGAAGAAUCUUCACUUAUUCUCAAUUUAUCAUGGUAAAGUUAGAAUCUUUUCUCAUCACAAGUACAGAAAACUGACAAAUUUUCAUAGUAAUGGUGAAGUUAGCAACGGCAAGAGAGAGCCGGAUGUACGGUCCGGGACGUGGCCGGACCAGGGCGGAGUAUAUAAAUGCCGGGCUGUACUUGUUUGCCACCGUCGUUCUGGGUUCUGGGUUUGGGGCUCAGUUUUCCCUGGAACCCAGAUCGAGUCUUGUUCUUAUGCUCAUAGCGCUGGCGCUUAUUAUUGUAGUGAAUGUUCACGAUCUGGUCGCGCAUCUAGCCGGCAUCGAUUUCCGGUUGCCGUUGAUGGAGCUCGAUACCCAGCUUGCCUUCGUGGAAUUCGCCGUUCCCCUCGUCCAAGCACUGGGUUCACUUCUUUUCUUCUUGGGAAUUCUCAUUCUCUUCGUCGAGGAGGGGAAAGGAUAUGUUUACUUUAGAUUUGAGAAACAUGCUUUGAAUAUGCUUAUUGCUGGCCCUGUUUUGUGGGUGCUUGGCUCCAUCCACAACUCUUGCCAAAUUUAUGAGAGAGCUGACGGGCAUGUCCAGAUCCUGCAACAGAGUGUUCAGCUCCCAUUUUUAAUAGGUAGCACCUUGUUCAUGGUGGGUGGUAUUCUUAAUAGCCAGGAGCAAACCGGAUUGAGUCGCCAUGGGAUGGGAUUACUGGGCAGCAGCUGGGUCUGGUUGGGGAUUUCUGGUAGCCUUUUGUUUUUCAUGGGGGGAUUCACAAAUGUAAUCAAGGUAUUCAAAAUGCAGCAAAUCAACGUGCUACGGCUAGAGAAGUUGCGGGGAGGAGCACAAGAGCGACUGAUUCAAGAAAGAGAAGGUCAAGUUCCUCUGAUUCCAGACGAGGAAAGGAGAAAAAUAGAAGCUGAGGCGGCAAGAACACUAGCUGCCCCAAAGCCCCCUACUCCGUACAAAGAUGUACUUCUUGGUCAUACAUGAGGAGCAUUUUUUUGGCAACUAUAAUCGGCCUUAAUGUGUAUUCAUUUUUCUUCUUUUUUCAGCUUAAUUAUUUUCUGCUCAUUUUAUCAGCCUUAUCAUGAAUAGUUUUAAUCCUUUUCUUUUGGUACCAAAAUGAUUCCUCAACUUUUUUGGUACCUUUUUAGUCCCACAACUCAUAAAUUUGGUCCCAGGUGCCUCUUUAAACAGUCUUGUAAUGUGGCAACUCACUCCAUUGAACUCCUAAA